UCUCUCUAGUGGUAUUGCCCUGAUUUGGCUCAAUCUAGCGCAGCCUCUUGUCUAUUACCAAAGACCCCUCCCUCGCAACGGCAGUGGUGCGGUCUGGAACUGCCCAGCAGCCUCCGCCAUUGUUAAGACGCGUUGUUUGAUCGCCCUGCCGUUUGAUCGCCCGCGCCUUUGUUGAAGUGUUAGAAGGUGUUACAGCUCAGGGAGCCUCUCGGAACCUGCCACUGCCUUUUGUGCCCCGCGCCCCACCUUCCCUGGGGGCUGGUGUGUAUGAGUGUUUUAACAUCGCGAGCUCGCGAUGUCCACGCCCGCCCGGAGGCGCCUCAUGCGGGACUUCAAAAGGCUUCAGGAGGACCCUCCAGCCGGAGUCAGUGGGGCUCCCUCGGAGAACAACAUAAUGGUGUGGAACGCGGUCAUAUUUGGGCCUGAGGGAACCCCAUUUGAAGAUGGAACUUUCAAGCUUACCAUAGAAUUCACAGAAGAAUAUCCAAACAAGCCACCUACUGUUAGAUUUGUUUCUAAGAUGUUUCAUCCAAAUGUCUAUGCAGAUGGUAGUAUAUGUCUGGAUAUUCUUCAGAACCGUUGGAGUCCUACCUAUGAUGUAUCAUCCAUCUUAACAUCCAUACAGUCUUUACUGGAUGAGCCUAAUCCAAACAGUCCUGCAAACAGCCAGGCAGCUCAGCUAUACCAAGAGAAUAAGCGGGAAUAUGAAAAACGGGUUUCUGCAAUAGUAGAGCAGAGUUGGCGUGACUGUUGACCCUGGAUGAUGCGAGAUCGCUGAGGGGCCAGAGAUCUGCCAGGAACACCCCACAAUCUACCUGUUGGACAUGCCUGCUCUAUUCUACACUAAUAUUUUAAUUGUAAUUGUGUUAUACACAAUGUAGCUAGAUUUUUUUAAAAAGAAUGUUUAUCUACAAUAUACAUUUUUAACUGUGACUCAAGUGCUGAUCUGUCUAGGCUGGUCAUUUAACUGCUUGUAUCAACUUCAAUGCAUCUGUAAGUACUGUGUGAAGAACUAACUUUUCCCUGCUGUUUUCUCAUUCUUCCUUUUUUCUGUUCAGCAAUGUGAUGAAAGCAUUUCAAAUUGCAAAAUGGGCUAUUAUUUUAAGCUCAUCAGAGGUGAGGGAAGGAGGUUACAGUUUGUUCUGUGGGUCAUGUGCAAAGUGAUUUAUCAUUGUAGUGUGGUAACAUAUCUAAGGAAGUGCUAGGUAUCCUUUCUUUUAAGAAUAUCCGAACUGCUUAGUAGUUUUCAAGGCUUUUUGAAGAUUGCUAUGGGACAGGGGUUGACAAUAACUUUGUGGCGCGCAAAGAAUGAGAGAAAAAUCAAAGUGCUUGUUUCCCUUUCUACAGGUGAAACUCGGAAAAUUAUAAUAUCGUGGAAAAGUUCAUUUAUUUCAGUAAUUCAACUUAGAAGGUGAAACUAAUACAGUGGUACCUCGGGUUACAUACGCUUCAGGUUACAGACUCCGCUAACACUGAAAUAGUACCUCAGGUUAAGAACUUUGCUUCAGGAUGAGAACAGAAAUCGUGCGACGGCAGCAUGGCAGCAGUGGGAGGCCCCAUUAGCUAAAGUGAUGCUUCAGGUUAAGAACAGUUUCAGGUUAAGAACAGACCUCCGGAAUGAAUUAAGUAUGUAACCAGUAUUACGUAUGUAACCAGAGGUACCACAGAGAAAGAUGAGAGACAUGAGACCUAGCAAUGCAGAAGAGCUGAAGGCUGCUAUUGAAGCAUCCAUGCCACGCCGCAUUGAGGCAGUAAUUGAUGCAAAAGGGGCCCAAACCAAGUACUGAGUACAUAUGCAUGCUUCUACUUCUCAGACGUCCAAUAUUGCUCUAUUUGCAAUCCUUGUUUUGCUGAUUUCAUUUAAUAAUCUAAUUUUCUGAGAUGGUUAAUUUGAGGUUUUCAUCAGCUGUACGCCAUAAUGUCACAAUUAUAACAAAUAAAGGCUUGACAUAUCUCACUUUGCAUGUCAUGAGUCUAUCUCAUAUAUUAGUUUGACCUUUUAAGUUGAAUCACUGAAAUAAAAGAACUUUUCCACGAUAUUCUAAUUUUCCGAGUUUCACCUGUAUAACUAAUCCUUCUGUCUCUUACUAGAGAAAAUAAGAUGCUACUGCUUUGCUUUCUGUUUUUAAAAAAAACAGUAAGGAGGUCACAAGUGCUAUUACUGCAUUUUUCAAUCUCUCACCUCCCUUAUCAAGUUGUUCAACCUUUGGAAAAGCAGUUUUGUAAGCUCAGUUUCUACAUUUUAGAUACUUUAAGCAGCAGUGUCGGAGGAGACUGAUCAAUGUGUUUGCUCUUCCAGUGUCUUCUGUGUAUAUAUUAAUUCAACUUCACACAAUUAACCCACGUACAAAACAUUUUACAGUUACUUGUAAAUAAAUGUAUAAUCUUAAA